GUAUAGCGUUUGAUUAUCGUAGUCUCUCUUCCGGGAAGAAGGACUAGCAGUACACUGACAAACGCGGAGUUAAAACGGUCGAAGAUGACAGCGAUAGCGAUGAUUUCGCCAGCAUCUCAGGGUAUAAUUCAAGUGGUAAACGAGCAUAAUCUCAGUAAAAUAGAAAGCUUCCUCAACGACACCGCGUACAGAGAAGCCAUUGAGAAUUCCUCCAAUUACAACAGCCGACUAUGUCGAGAACGACGUCUUCGUAUGCCAUUCCUCGACUCGCAAACAGGUGUUGCGCAGAAUCAUUCUGCACUUUUUAUGUCUUCGAGAGAAAGGUUGCCGGGUUUAUUACACGGUCAAAUUUACACCUAUCCCAGUAAACGAUGGCGAAAAAAACGACGCCAAUAUCUAAUGCACUAUUUACACCCGAAACGAGGACCAAGAGGUGACACGGAGGAUGGUGUAGAAGGUGUCGAGACUGUUACGCAUGUAAAUGAUGAUAGCAAAGAUUCAGUAGCGCUGAAAGAAUAUUGGAUGCUUCCAGAUGAACAUAGUAAGGAUGCUUGGUACUAUGAUGAGCAAGAUAUGAUGGAUAUAGAUGCUUACGAAGAACCCGAUCCCGAUAGCGAUUACGAUUACGAAGAGAGCUAUAGCAGUAAAAGGAAACGAAGAAAAACUCGCGGAGGUGGUCAUCAUCCCGCUCGUAGUCAUCCACCUUCCACGGAUAGUCCAGGAAGUAAACGUACAAAAGGUGGGGGCCGCGGGCGCAAAAAGACCAACUACGACUCUAUUGACUCUGAUAAGCCAUUCGUUUGUGACCUAUGCAGCGCACGGUAUAAGACCAGACCUGGUCUAGUCUACCAUUACGGUCAUUCCCACUCUACUUCCUCCGGUGAUCCUGCUAAGGAACUAAGUCCCAGUCCUGCCGAAGUUGAACCUAGGAGUGUUGCAGACACCGCUGCUUCGAACCAGCCAGGUGGUACGCGUCGGGGUCGUCAGAACGCUACUUCCUCGAGUACCUCGAGUCCCUCUCCGGCGACACCAAUUGCCCUUGGUACGGGGGCUGCGGCACAACCACAGCAGCCUCAGCAAUUGCCUCCAGUGCAGACACCCAUUGCUCCAGCGUCGCCCACCGUUCCAGCGCCUAAGGAAGACCAUCUGCCGGCUGCCUCUUCGCCUGGCACGGCCGUGCCAUCGCCGUCUUCUGUCCGCGCGACAGAAACCUCCACGGGAGGAUGUGCAGCAGGAGCUCCGGGAACAGCGACAGCGCCGUCAGGAAUCGGAGGAACAACAGGGAGCGGAGGAGCCGGAGGAGGAGGAGGAGGAGGAGGAGGAGGAGGAAGUGCAGGCGGAUCACCUACCCCUGGGUCAACGGAGAAGAAAGCUGGUGGCAAGUCGUCGGCGGCGCAGCCAUCCCCCUACUGCGACUUCUGCCUGGGUGAUGCGAGAGAAAACAAAAAGACUGGCGGCUCGGAGGAGUUGGUCUCGUGCAGCGAUUGCGGCCGCUCAGGGCAUCCAACUUGUUUGCAAUUCACUGCAAACAUGAUCGUUUCUGUUCGCAAGUACAGGUGGCAGUGUAUCGAGUGCAAAUGUUGCUCCAUUUGUGGUACUUCUGACAACGACGAUCAACUGCUGUUCUGUGACGACUGUGAUCGUGGAUACCACAUGUAUUGUCUGUCUCCACCUCUUGCAUCUCCCCCCGAGGGCUCCUGGUCUUGCCGCCUAUGCAUAGCCGAAUUUCAUCACCGUGAUUAAGUCCGUUCUCGUAGAUAAUUCGCAGAGUUAUCUACCGCUAUGGUGCAGCGUUCGUCUUCGAAUUAGGAGAGUAUUCACCAGCUCACUUUCCUCGUAUAUUGUACGACAUACACCGGCGGAAUCUCCCGAAAAAGAAGAAAGCCAACUUCAUCGAUUGCUAUUUAUUACGAAAUUUGCAUUGGUCGUCGACUCGAUACAUUAAACAUAUGUUAACACAAUAACGAUAAUGAUAAUAACAAUUAGGAGGAUAUGUUUAUAUAGCAUUACUACGUUAGAUAUCUCAGGCACUGGUGAUCUCAACGAGGUAAAGACGUAAGGAAACGUAUUUAUAAUUUUAUCGAGAUAGCUUUUACAGAUAAGUAUAUAUAGACAUGUCCUAAUUAGAGGGACGUGGUCGAGUGUACACCCAAGUACUGUCAAUAAUAUCGAUAUAUCUGUAGUAUAUUCGCGAGCCUUCUAUUAGUAUUUUUAAUCGCACUAUGUACAGAUACACCCAUACAUCCAUAUGUGUGCAUUAAUGUGCAUAUAAGCUGGUAGUGUGUCGUGUAAAUGAAACAAUGUAAAAUACUAAUGGUUCGAACAUACGUUUUGCGUGAAGUUUCGAUCGCACUUUGUAUCGAUGUUAUAUGAUGUGUACUCGAUUGUGCAAAUUCUUUAAAGUAUGUGGAGUGUGUGCAUGUGUAUGUGCGUGCGUGUGCGUGUGCGUGUGUGUGUGUGCACGCGCGCGCGCGUGUACACAUGCGUGUACGGUGUAUUAUUCAAAAAUAUUAUUUGAGUCGAGAGAAAUGAUGCUUGGCUGUCGAGUAGAAUCGACACUAGUACACAUUGCACUCGAUCUCGUCCCUAGUUAUAACCGACUGUCUACAAAGACCCUUAUUCUAAACUUUCUUUUAUCAAUAAAAAAGUCUUCAAAUGUGACUUGUAAGCCUUUGGCUCCUAAUCGCAUUUAGAAAGAGACACUUUUAUCGAUAAAAAAGACAGUUCAGAAUAAGGAUCAAAGUCCUACAAGGCAAGAACGCAGAGAUUAAUAAUUUUAAAGACAAAGACAGAGUUCGAUUUACCGACAAAGUUAGACUUUACAUUCGUACAGAAUAAAGUGUAUUUUUUGCUCAUUUUAGUAAUCGACAUGUACUAUUUACAGCGAAAUCGCUGCAAAGUAUAAACGAAUGAUAGAUACAUAGUCAAAGAUCGCUAAAUAGGACAAUACUCUCCUAGUUCUAGACUAUUUUACUCUUAGUCAAUGAUAUUAUUAUUACAACAAGUUUGAUUGCUUUUGUAAUCUUUACGGUUGCUUAAAUUGAAGAGAGAAAAAAAGGUAAAAUUUGGCGAUCUCGAGUUCAUUUUUCACAUUAACUCUUAGCUCCUCGCUAUCGACUUGGCUCUUGUAUCAAGUCUUAUAGAGAAAUACGAAAAGAAAAAAAAUUCAUAUUCUAGGAAACCAUGAUAUUAAUAGUAUCUGUUUCAUAAAUAGUGAUAAAUAGAAUAUUAUGUCUGUUUAUCUUGUAUGUAUCAUGAUACUAAAGCUUUUACACUUAAUAACAACAUAGAACUGUUAGUAGCGACGUAGCUAUCAUAUACGGACUCUUGCGAAUACUGCAAAAAAGGAUUAUAUUCUACAUGUUCUUCGUCUUAUUAGCCCAGUAUUUUUACAUUUUAUACCUUGAAUGUACUUAAUUUAAGAAGCUGUGGUGAUAUUUGGUAUUCUUUAAUGUGAAACCUCUCGGUUCCAUUUGACCGCCUAAUUGUAUUAGAUUAGUUUCUGUAUCUCGUUAUAACACAUUUAUCGACAUUCUUUUAAAUUCUUGUAUUAAAAUGACGGAUUUAUAUUUUAUAUCGCUUAUUUUUAACGUUCUGUAUGCAAAUUUGAAUAAACGCUAGUUUAUACAAAUCGGAUUUACUAAGUUUAGAAUAGAGUGUCAUUGCGUGCCAUUGUAUAUUUUUCAAGUGCGCGAGAAAGAAAGAAAGAAAAAGAGAGACAUAUUAUAGUGUAUGUACACAAUAUAUACUUGUGUGUGUAUGCACACAACAAACGAUACACACGUUUUGAACAGGUGCUACUUUUCAGGGAUCAGCUCUUCUUUUCGACAUUACAAUUUGUUUGUAAUAUUGGCAGUGAUAUUUUAAGCCAAACAACACACACAUACAUACGCACACACACACACACACACACACACACACACACACACACACA